CAGAGAGCGAACAGCGAAGUCUGUUGCAAUAAAUUUUUAAUAUAAAAAUGUAGAAUUUUUUUUGUGCCUUUUUUCUUUAAUAGCUCGAGGUAACCUCUCGAUGGGUCAAAGACAACGGCACCUACAAGAGCGAAACAACUGAUUAGUCUUCAGGAAGUUGUACACACCAUUUGACUUUUGCAUACCUUUUCAAUUAGGUACGACAAUUAGGUACGACAGCUCUCAAUCGACAAUUUUUUUUGUAUAAUAAUUGAAAAGUGACGCCGAUUCCGCGGCAAACUUCACACCACCUCGCUAUAGUUAGUCAGGAUUUAGUAGGAUCGAAUCAAUACAUCGAAGUAUACUCUACCUUUUACCGAAGAUGACUAGUUUAAAAGAUGAAAUGUCCUCUCCUCAUAUAUUAGGGCUGGACGACGACUUCCUAAACCUCAUACAAGAUUUUGAACCACCUAAUCUGAAUUGUGAUGUGGACUUGUCUGUUUUUCCAGAAAAUAUACCAGUACAGGCUACACAAUUACCACGCAACGUGGCUUUAGACAUGUCACAGUCGUUUGCUAGUACUGUUUCUGGGUCGAUAUACGCGUCAGGAUCGACGUCUCCUUCCAGCCCUGAUUCGGCACGAAGUGAUGCUUCAGGAGGGAGACUUGAUUAUAACAGUGGAUCUGAUAAUACUGCUAAUCUCAUGAGUCCGCCGGGUUUGAACCCAACAAUCUACGAACAAUAUUUCAACCUUGCACAGCCGAUGUUUGUGCCGACUCCCACUGCUAUGCAACAGGCUCAGGCCGCUUUGAUGGCCGCUACCAGUGCCGCAGUCUACAACCACAAUGUCUCAAGAAUGAGUUCUCUAGCUCAAGGGACAAAAAUUGCGCCUAAUGGCUACGCGAAGGUCCCGAUAAAUCGGCUUAUCCCGACUUUGAGUCAGUUUCCCACCAGUACUUCAGAAGCACCACCGAUCACGGAUUUCAGUAAGCCGACAAAGCCACAUAAUGUCAUUGAACGGCGUUACAGGGAUAAGUUAAGUGGGCAGUUGUCGUCACUUCGCGAUGCUAUCCCUGCUUGUCGCGGCCAUACUAAGGUUAACAAGGCCACCAUAAUGAAGCUGGCAGCAGAGUAUAUUGCUGAGUUAGAGGAAAGGCUAAAAUCGAGUGAAAAGCGCGCUAACGCUUAUCACAGCGUACUAGAGAACCAUGGACUGUUACAUUUUGUCGGUGAUCAUCCAGUUAGUGAGCCACGUGAAGUACCGGCACCAUCAGUGCACAGUUCUAUAGUACCCACAAUCCCAAUAAUAUAUAACAUCUCGGCUGGCAGCGCCUUAGAAGGCGUGCACAAGUCACUUCCUAAAGCGCCCGAGACACCUCCGAGUUGUCUUGAUGAAAGCAAGGCAACGUCUAAGACACACGAUGGUGCCACAAUACGGCCUGAACAAUCACAAGCGUCAUCUACGCCGUCUGAUUUAUUAUUGGCUCAGGCACCAGUACCCCCGUCUGUUCUACAGACGUGUGUAGAUGAAAAUGAGAGACCACAGAAAAGACAGAGAGUUGGUACAAGCAUGAAGCUAUCCAUGGCACUAUUCUGCGCCGUUCUGAUUUUCAAUCCUCUAACACAAUGGCUGUCUACCGGAGAAUUAUAUGCACAGCCGCAUACGAUAUCUUCCGGAACCUCGGCUCCUCAGAUGCGCGUGUUACACUCAUUCAAUGGAGACAGCAUGGGUACCACAAGGACAGAUGGAGACUGGGCUAGUGAGCAACAAUAUCAUGCUCUUUAUGCAUACACAACAAUGUGGCUAGAUUUCCUUUGGCUCCUGGUGCGCGUGUUGGGUGGCUUGCUCGUGUUGACCAAUUUGCUCAAUAGUGAACAUCAGGCCGAUGUUACCGAUACUGAGCUGGCGAAGGCGUUAACUUAUGCGAAACUGGCAGAUACCGCUUUAGAUCAAGGCAGAUAUGCGGAAGUCUUUCAGCUAUCUCGACAAGGGUUAGCGACCCUCUCGAGGGAUAUCCCCGACGACAAAGUGCAUACCGUCUUGAGUUUUGUGUGGCAGAUGCUGCGACAGGUAUCUCACUUCCUCCGGUAUGGGGGUUGGAUCGAAGGCAUCUGUGCAAAUCGCUCAGAGGUUUCCAGAUCGUUGUGCACUCUUUUGGCUCAGCUGUAUUCGAGUUUAGCCGCGUCCUGUAUAAUGCUGAGUGUCGAUGAUGUUGAUUGUGAAGCUAACGGCGUUGACAGUGAUACUUCCGUUAGCAUAUCGCAGCUGAUGCUUUCAUGUCUCAUGUCGCUAAAUUCCGCUCAAGCUGGCAUUUACGUGACUGGUUGUACUACUACAGGCGACGUGAUCCAUGCAUACGAUCGAGUGGCGCUCGCAUUGUUGAUCAUUGGUAGAACAUCAUGCACCUCCAUUUUUGCGGCUGGAUGGUGGGCACCUGGCCUAGCCUCGUACUGCCUCCAACGAGGCGUUAAAAGCACUUCGUACCUGGAUUAUAUUGUUUCGACAGGAUGCGUGUCCGACUUGAAAGAUUAUACUGGUUUCAUUCGGAGCAUGAGCGAUAAUUCGAGAGGUGGCUUCUCAAGUUUGCCAAGAACUAUCGAGUAUAGCGACCCCUUGGUGUUGGUUGAGUACGGAUACCGGCAAUCACGAUUGGUAUAUCUAUUUGAAAAAAUUCAACAAGAACUACCUAAUGGAUCUAUCAAGGAAAGUUCUAAGCAGUUGUAUACUCAGGCGAUGCAGAACUUGACCGAAAUUUACGAAAGUAGUAAAGUUGCGGAUGAUCCUGUGACGGGGCGGUUGGCGCUGUUAGGAAUGACCACCUGCAGCGCGGUCCUAGCCUUCGCUUCGAGUAAGAGUACUAGUUCUAAAAACUUGAAUGAGUUACGCGAGUUGGUCAUGGAUUUGCAAUCGGCACAAGUCGUCGACGGAGAUAUGCGUUCUGGAGGGGAGCGUGCUUUGUACUGCACAAUUGUUGCGUUAUUAUGUAAAUACGAGGGCCGCAUCACAUACACUCUGGACGCUCUUGCUCAUGCGACGAUCGAGCUAAGCAAUGCCAAUUGCGCCAGCAUUCCGGUUUCGAGUAUACUGGCAUGUAUAGCUGCAGAGUUGGCGAUCGAAGCUCGUAUCGCGAUAUGGAGUGCUGAUGAUUGUAAGACAUCGCAUCGAGAAUUUUCUCGGGCAAGUCAAUUGAACAUAUGGUCUCUGGGCAGAGUGUCUACCGUAUAUAAACCCGCAGCAUCAGCUCAAGCGAGAUUGCAGGCCAAACUCCUUCUUAUGGGCAGGAGAAAUAUUUUGCAGAAUCGUCUACACGUUCGGAAGGCGCAGCACAUGGCGGCGAAACUUGACUGCCAGAGAAUAGGUAGCUAG